UCAGUGGCUCUUUUCGAGUCAUUUUCAUGGAGGGAUGAGAGAGUAAGGUGCUUCUUACUAAACAGUGACGGAAUUCUGACAUAAUUCCUGGCUUAUACUGUGCCGAAGAUCAUGGAGAACCAGCUUUUCUAGCACGGUGAAACAUGGUGAUUUGUUCUACUUUAUUUCUGCACCUUUUCAGUCGUUAAUACACAGCUGAGGCUUGGAAGGAAGAGGCGAGGCCCCGCCAGUGGGGGUGGUGCUUGUCGCUGUUACCCCGAGGGUGGCUGUUUUUAACUGUGCGACUCCGCACAGACCCCUUCUCACUUUAUCUGAGGGGAUCUGGGAGUUUAGUCGGGAAUGAUGCAAGCGGAAACGACAGCAAUGCCAGUCUCUGAAAGCGAGGGAAAGCAGGAGCUUUACAACCAAAAUAAGACUCCUGCCGCUGUGAAGGGGAACUCAAAAGAUUGGCAGUACAGUGAUCACAUGGAGAGCAUCUGUGGCUACCUGAUGAAAUACACCAACCUGGUCACAGGCUGGCAGUAUCGAUUUUUCGUCUUGGACAAUGAGGCAGGGGUGCUGGAGUACUUUGUGAAUGAGCAGUCCAGAGCUCAGAAGCCCCGGGGAACAUUGCCACUGGCUGGGGCUGUCAUCUCCCCCAGCGAUGAGGACUCGCACACCUUCACCGUCAACGCCAUCAGCGGGGAGCAGUACAAGCUGAGAGGUACAGAUGCAAAAGAACGACAGCACUGGGUUAGCAGGUUGCAGAUCUGCACACAGCAUCACACAGAGGCCCUAGGCAAAAUUAAUCCCCCUCUGAAAUCUCGGAGUUUUUCAAUGGCAUCGCAGAGCAGCAGCGGUUCCCCCCUUUUAUUGAGGAGAGCCAGUCAGAACGCUGCCUCCUUCUUCAACGUGUCGCAAAACAAAGGAUCAUCCUCCUCGAGUAGGAGGGCCCUGCAGCCAGACCACUUGAUGGCUGUGCGAGAGAUGAUGACCCAGGCUGAAGGGCAGCACAGAGACCUGAUCCAGACAAUAGAGAGCCUGCCUGCCUCUGGUGGGCUGGCUCCCCUGGACCAGGACUUACUGCUGCUCAAAGCCACAUCGAUGGCAACCAUGAACUGCCUCAAUGACUGCUUCCACAUUCUACAGCUCCAGCAAGCGGCCCAUCAGAAGUGCCCAGUCCCAGGGGCGACCAUCGAGUGGCUGGAGCCCAAGCUGCCUCUGUCGGAUCACCUGAAGAAUGGAAACACCCUCCAGGGCUUCUCUACCAGGGAGAGCAGCAAGUCGCCAGACAACUGUAUGGACCAGAUCAGCCCGGGGCUCUGCCACUUGAGUGCGGAACACGAGGACAUAGAUCCAGAGGAUGAGGUCAUGGAUUCGUUUGUUGACAAGGAGGAUGAACUGGGGCCCAUCGAGGAAGAGCGCAGCAUCAUCUUACACCUGCUGUCCCAGCUCAAGCUCGGCAUGGAUUUGACGAGAGUGGUUCUUCCUACCUUCAUCCUGGAGAAGCGUUCGCUGCUUGAAAUGUAUGCAGAUUUUAUGUCCCAUCCAGAUCUGUUUGUCACCAUCACUGAUGGAGCUAACCCCGAGGACCGGAUGAUCCGCUUCGUGGAGUAUUACCUCACAUCCUUCCACGAGGGGCGCAAGGGGGCCAUUGCCAAGAAACCCUACAACCCCAUCAUCGGGGAGACUUUCCACUGCUCCUGGAGGGUCCCCUCCCACAAGGGCAGCUCCUUGUCAUCCCAGGGCAGCCUGAACAAGGCUGGCUUGGAGGGGGGAAAGGAGGCCUCAGACUCUUAUCACGUCCGCUUUGUGGCAGAGCAGGUGUCCCAUCACCCCCCUGUUUCUGGGUUUUAUGCAGAGUGUGCGGAGAGGAGGAUGUGUGUAAACACCCACGUGUGGACGAAGAGCAAGUUCAUGGGAAUGUCUAUAGGAGUUUCCAUGGUCGGGGAAGGUCUCUUGUGCCUGCAGGAGCACGAGGAGGAGUACACCUUCACCCUGCCCUGUGCAUACGCUCGCUCCAUACUCACAGUGCCCUGGGUGGAGCUGGGAGGGAAGGUCAACGUCAACUGUGCGAAGACUGGCUACUCUGCAGCCAUUACCUUCCAAACCAAACCCUUCUAUGGGGGCAAACUGCACAAAGUCACAGCUGAAGUGAAGCACAAUCCCACCAACACAGUGGCGUGUCGGGUGCAGGGGGAAUGGAAUGGCGUCCUUGAAUUCUCCUACAGCAACGGGGAAACCAAAGUGGUGGACGUCACCAAACUCCCAGUGACGAAGAAGAGGGUGCGUCCCAACGAGAAGCAGGGAUCCUACGAGUCCAGACGACUGUGGCAACAUGUGACAGAGUCCUUGAGGGAAGGAAACAUAGAGAAGGCAACAGAACACAAGCGAUUGUUAGAGGAGAGACAGAGGGCUGAGGAGAGGCAUCGCACGGAGACGGGGGCAGCGUGGUGCACCAGAUACUUUCAGAGUGAGGGUGAAGGUUGGGUAUAUCACAAAGCAUUAUGGAAAACGUCGGGAGCAAGCAUUUAAAUCUAAUGACCCAAGAGUACAAUACGACUAUCCUUUAAUCGACUGCAUCAGGUUUUAAUUUAGACAUAAGGUGUGGGUUUUGUUUAUUUUAGUUGUAACAAAAAAAAACAGUUAACUCCCCUUUUAUCCCUUAGCAAGGCUGUACCAUGAAAGAGAAAACAAUAUUGUAGGGCACUUUAAAUGUACUUUAAAUACAGUACGACAUGAGGUCCAUAGUUUAUAAUGAUUCAUGAAUACUUUUGUAUGAUUCAGAGACAAUAAGUAUUUGAUCAAUCUGCAUUUUUGUACAGCAGGUACUUUACUGAUGCUGCCUUAAGGUAGAAUGGAUUUGAGCAGCUGUGAGUAAUGUUGGAGUCUUGGUUUGUGUGAUGAACUAUACUUGGAGAUUACACAGUUUUCCUAUCAGAGAGUUGAAAUAUAUCGUACCUGGGCUUGAAAGAACUGCCUGUCAUCGCCAAGCAAAUAACAGAGAUUGUAUCGCAAAACAGGAUGCCUUCUCACUUUGCAAUCAAGGAUUAAGUAGCAGUUACUUUCAAACCUGACUUUAUCCUUUUUUAUUUUUUUUUCCCAUCAUUAUUGAAUCUCAGUGAUGUCGAAAGACAUAAUCAAGAUGAGAGAUGUUUGCUGCCGAGGGAUAAACUCUAAAUGCUGUGUUAAACUGAACUCUGAGAUGACCGUCUGCUUGUUAAUACCAAGCGGAAAAGGAAAAGCAUAUUGGCAUACUUAAUCUUUUUUUCAUUCUCUCCCACCACUACCUUCUAAAACUGUGUACUGUGGUGUUUGGGAUCUGAUAAUAUCUUCAGCAUCAUGAUAUGCUGUACUGGUGUAUUAAAAAAAAAAAAAAAAAAAGUACUUUAGUUUCAAAAGACUUAAUCAUAUUUUCUAUGAUUACAAAAUAUACAAUAAUGUUGUAUUAAUUCAGUUCAGUUAAUCUGGGAAACGCUCUUCCCAGCCUGAUCCUUAGAGUUGAGACACUGAAAUGUUUUAGAACAAGUAUCCUACUAAACUCAUUUAUUAAUCACUGUUCCCUUUUGUAAAAGCACGAAUGCUUAUUAUGUGGAAAGUUAGCUGUAGUGUUGGAUAGAUUUGAGGAGACCCUGUUACCCUCCCCCACCAAACCAAAACAACCAGCCAUUCCCCGAUAUGUUGGGUCUUGCUGCUUAAGUGGCUUUUAAGAUCCUGCUGUUCAUUGUAAAAUUGACCGCUUCUGCUUUAAGAAACUAAAAAUGAACCACCUUGAAGAUGGUCCUGAUUCUGAAUUAAACGUAUACUAUGUGAUCGAAGUACCUCUUGGUACCUAUAUGAGCAUUUAAGGGUUUUAUUUUUCAACAUUAACAGCAACAAAUGCACACCCAUUAGCUCUUAAACUGAAAAUGUGGAGCGUGUUUGCACUGGUUGACAUCCAGCUUUUUCUGUUUCGUUUUUGUUAAUGCGAUUCACAACCCAAUCUUCAAAACAAGUUUAAUAGAUGUGAAGCUGAUUGGUGACAAAGAGGAGAUCUGGAGGGCAUGGUCAGUUUGUAUAGUGAACCAGUUCUCAUGGGGGGGUUGGUAAAGGAUGGUUUUCAUUGUAUUUAUUUUCAUUGCCAUAUGAUACCUUAAUCUCUCCAGCUUGGUGCCUUAUGCUAUUUCUUCUUGCAUUAUGUCUUCCAGUCAAUGUAAGUAACAUAACCUAUCAACUGCAGUACUGAGAAAAGUGGUAAGCCAGUCUAUUGUUUCAUCACGGAAUAGGAACAAUAUUGUCGUUUAAUAUUUCAGAAAUAGCAAGAACAUCUGCUUAGAUCUGCAAACUUGAGCAAACAAAGUUUGUUCACAUAAUGUAUUCCUGUUACCUUUGCAAAUGAGAUACAAUUGAUGGACAUUGACUUUACUGAUGUUGGUUUUCUGCUCAUUACUGGGUAAAAGAACCACUCUACAUUUUGCUAACCUGUGGAAUGCACUGAAAUAAAUUAAGAUGACACUCCUUGUAGUCUUAGAUAAGUGUGAAAAAUGAAUGACUAUAAAUAAAUAAAUAAAAACCA